UGUGCGUGUGUGUGUCUCCAUUGCAACGCCCGAUUUCCCAGCCUUCAAUCUUCUAACCUAAGCAAGCAUUGCAGCACGCUUCCAAUCCAGUACCUACCGCUUUAUAAAACCAAGUGAGAUUUCGUAGCAUUCGUCCAAUUUGAGUUACGACUUUUCCAUGCUUUUGUGGAACGCAGUUGAUUAAUCAAGCCAAGUGUUUUCCAAGGAACCAGGCUGAGAAGGAAGAACAGGUAGCGCAGAAGAAUUGUGGUGAACCUUGAUCUGGGUUAUUUUGGCAUUUGGAAGUGGGCUAAGGGACGCAGAGGUGCUAAAAAAGAUUUGGAUUUGAAUUGCUGUCGUGAUCGGCCAUGGCUUCAGAGCAGCUUAGCAGCGCACAUAGAUAUGCAGCUGGGGGGCUAUUUGCAUUGGCACUCAGGCAAGCGCAGCUGCAUCAGCACUCCGAGAUGGGGUUCGGUUUCCCCCUGGUCAUGGAAUCCCCCAACGAUGGUGCUUCUUCGGCCUUCGAGAGCAAUGGAGAGAUCCCAUGGAGUCACGAAGAGAGUGGUCUUGUUCGUAACGUAUUCAGAUGCUUGGGCAUUGAUCAAAAAGCCUGGGUUGGUCUAGAAUCUACAGCCUUGUCCAUGGAAUCCAAGCAUCACAUCUCAGCAUUUUUAAAGCUCAUGGGGGAAGAUGACGAAGAGUCACGAAAGUUGACUAAAGAUGCGGCCGAGUUGGCCAAAGCUGUGGAUAUCAUGGACGAAAGUACCAAAGAGAAGCAAGUUUCAACUCCCGACUCCAAGGGCAAGUCUCAGGAACCCAAGAUAGAGAUGGAGCGAUUCGCAAAUGGAGAGAACAGCUUGAGCUUGAAUGAAGCUAAAGCUAUGUCCUAUGAACGGAAAGUGGCUGUAAUAUAUACACUGUUGGCAGCUUGUGUCGCUGACACUCAUGUGGUCACAGGUUAUACCACGGCUGAGGCUUCCACGGAGAACAAUGUUGCGAAGUCUGGUUAUGAUGCUCGACAGCGAGUUGCCCUCCGCUUGCUUGUGCUGUGGCUUGAUAUUGAUUGGGCAAAAGUCGGAGUUAUGGAGCUUAUGGUGGCUUACAUGGCUAUGGCUGCGCAAAGGGAAAGAGACGGAAAGCGUAAAGAUGAAGAGGAAGAAGAAAGUCAGUGGGCGCAAUGGAAACGUGCAGGGUUUAUUGGUGCAGCUGCUGUUACAGGAGGAACACUGCUUGCUAUCACUGGAGGUCUAGCAGCUCCAGCGAUAGCAGCAGGAAUGGCUGCCAUAGGAAGUGCUGUGCCAAUUCUUGGUGCAGGAGGGUUAACAGCAGCCGCCGCAGUGGCUGGUUCAGCGGUUGGCUCGGCUGCAGUGACAGCCUCUUUUGGAGUGGCAGGAGCCAGAUUGACAGGAAUGAAGAUGGCACGAAGGAUGAGGGACAUCGACGAGUUUGCAUUUGAAACAUUAGGCAGCAAUCAUCAACAAGGGCGUUUGGCAGUGGAGAUAGUGGUGUCAGGCAUUGCUUUUUCUCCAGAUGACUUUGUUAAACCGUGGGAAGCCCCGGAUGGCGAUUCAGAGAGAUAUGCGUUGCUUUGGGAGACGGAGCAUGUCAUCGCAGUUAGCUCCGCAAUUCAAGAUUGGCUUACUUCAACCGCCAUGAAGGAGGUCAUCAAACGAGGCGCUAUGCGCACAAUUCUCGGCGGUCUUCUAAGCGCUUUGUCAACCCCUCUUGCCUUUCUUGGCGCAACUGACCUGAUUGACAGCAAAUGGCAACUUGCCAUUGACAGGUCAGGGAAAGCUGGCAAACUUCUUGCCACAGUCUUACUUCAAGGUGGUCAAGGCAGCCGGCCAGUAACGCUGAUAGGAUAUGCUCUGGGUGCCCGAGUAAUAUUCACAUGCUUGGAAGAAUUGGCAAAACAUGGGAAUGAAGGAAUUGGUAUUGUUGAAAGGGUGGUCCUUCUGGGGACUCCAGAAACAGUGGAGAAAUCAAGAUGGGAGUCCGCUCGCAAGGUGGUGGCAGGAAGGUUUGUUAAUGGUUUCUCCACGAAUGAUUGGGUCCUUGGGGUUUGUUAUCGAGCUAACUUGAUGUCGCAAGGGCUGGCAGGACUUCAAGCAGUGAAAGUCCCUGGAAUAGAGAAUGUAGACUUGUCUGAUAUGAUUGAUGGCCAUGCAUCCUACUUGACAAGCUUGAAGCACAUAUUGAAUGGGAUUAACCUGGAUAACUUCUACUCCACCCAGCCUUAUAAGCUUCACAUGUCUACCAAAGACAAAGAGGAAGCAAGAUCAACUACGGCUGGUCCAGCACCAGAUCUGUAGCACAACUGCAGGUGUCUUCUAGCUCAAACAUUAUUUUCUGGCAACGCAUAUUCGCAUUUCUCUUUUUAUUCUUACAUUUCAGGUAAAUGUGUUAGUCGGGUCAUCAAAGCAGAUGUGAUAUAUGAGAAUGUUUUUCAAGUCAUUGAAUAAGGUACACCAAACAAUUGAUCUACGUAACAAAGUUGAUAGACUCUGUUACUCAUUGAAACCAUGUCGCCCAAAAUAGCUGAACCCAAUUUUUUGCAUUACAGUGUUGAAAGUACUUGUUAGUUUUUCUCUGAUUGAAUCAGAUUAGUCUGGAAAAAAUGAAAUAUUUGUAUUUUUAGAUAACAACAGUGAAAUUUGAACUAUUUGGAAGUAAUUGUGCUUUUCCA